AUGUUAAAUCUCUAAAAUGCUUUUGAUUUUGAAUAAGAUGUAGAAUUAAGAGCAGUCUAAAAUGAUGAUUUUGAAUAAUAAUAUUUGGGUUAAUGUUUAAGAGAAACCAAAAAGGAAUUUACAUUAAUCUUACCUCAAAUAGCCAGCAGAACAUUAAGUGCAAAAAGUCUUGAAGCAAAAUAUUUACAUAGUCCCAAAUCACCAGAAUCAAAUAAUGAUGAGAACUUUCUAGCUUCCAAUAUCUAAACACCAAAGGAACCAAUAUUUAAUACUAAAUUAGUAGAUAGAAGGAGAAGUUAAACAAAUGCUGAAUCUAGUUUUAUGUCUUUAUUUUUUAUUGGAAGAUUUGUUGAAAAACUCUCUUUAAAUAGAAAAUAAUUGGGUAGUCUUAAUGAUUCUCAUUUCAAUUUGAUUGGAGAUAAAGCAUCAGAUUCGUAAAUAAAUAUAAUUAUGAUAGAUAAAACAUAUUUAUGCAUUCAAAACGUAUGAAAUCUGCUGGAUUUAAUAUUAAAAAGAUGUAGACAUUAUUGAAAAAAGAAACUGAAAUUAAAGAUACAACAACAUUAGAAUAAGUGAAAGAAGAUUUGAGGAAACUUCGUAAACCACUUUUUAAUUGUCUAAAUGCUAUUAUCAAUAAAAUACCUAUAAUCUAACCAGAAUCAUUAUUCAAAAUGUAUUGGGAUUUCUUUACAUCCAUUUUUAGAAUUUUACUUUUAAUUCUUGUACCUUUAGAAAUAGCUUUUAAACCAGAAAUAUUAUUCAAUAAUCUUAUUUGUAUUACAUAUGUAAUUCUAUUCAUAUUAUAACUUGAUUUCUUAAUUAGAAUAAAUACAUUAACUUAUAAAAAUGGAUAUGCUAUAAAAGAUAAAUGGGAUUUAGUAGUUCAUUAAUUAAAAAAAGAAUUUCUUACAGAUUUUUCAACAUCUUUAAUUCUAAUAAUAUUUAUGAUUAUUCCAGAUAUGAAUACAAAUGCUAAUUUAUUUUUAUUAAUUAUUUUAGGAUAACAUAAAUAUGUAUAUGAAACAUUUGCAAAAAGUGAUUAAAUUUCUUAUUUAACUAGACCAUAAAGAGGUGUAUUUGGUUUAUUGAAAUUUAUUUUAACAUUGCUUUAUAUUUUACAUUUAUUUAGUUGCAUAUGGUUUUAUUUCAGUAGUAUUAGAGUUGAAGAUUCAUGGAUUCGUUUUAAUGAAAUAGAAAAUAAAGAUUGGGAAGAAUAAUACUUAUAAGCACUUUAUUUUGCUGUAGUCACAAUGUUAACUAUAGGUUAUGGUGAUAUGGUACCUAAAAAUGCUAUUGAGAAAAUAGUAACUAUAGUUUUUGUGUUGGGUGCAUGUAUUCAUAUUGAUAUUAUGUGAAUAGGUUUAUGGGUAUCUUAUAGUGUUAAUUUCAUUGGUAGUAUAAUAGAUGAUAUCACAUAGAAUUAAGUAGAAAGGAAUCGUAGAAUGAGAGUAAUUAAUAAAUAUAUGGAUUAAAGAAAGAUACCAUAUAGUUUAUAACAUUAGUAUUAAUAUAAUUAUUAAUUUUUAGAGUAAAGGAAUAUUUGACAUUUAGAUGGAAGGAAGAUGAUGAAGUAGAUUUAGAGAUGGAAUAAACAUUAUUAGAAUAAUUAUCUGAUGAAUUAAAAGAAGAAUUAGAUAAAUAGGCACAUAAAGUAUUCAUUUAGAAAUCAGAAUUUCUAUAGAAAUACUUUAGUGAAGAAUUACGUAAUGCAUUAUUCAAGUCUAUUAAAAGAAAGAUAAUACCUCCUUAGAAUACUUUUUCAACAGAUUUCUUGAAUGAAUAACAUUUAUGUUUUGUUGAAUAAGGAUUUAUAGUAUAUUAGCAUCCUGAAAGAAAAUAAAGAUCUAAAAUGAAUGCUGUAAUUAAUUAGGGAUAAUUCUUUUGUGUUAAAGAUUUCAUUACUAAUAAUCCAUAAGUUGAUCAUUUUAAAGCUAUUGGAUAUGUUAGUUUAUUGAUAUUAUCAAAAUCUGAUUUUAUGGAAACAUUAAAAGAUUAUCCUGAAGAUUUUUAAAAAUAUUGUUAAUUGAAAGAAGCUAUUACUUUGAGUUAUCAUCCACCAGCAUUAGAAAAUGGUGUAUUUUGUCCUGCUUGUUUAAAUUUUAAACAUUCUCUUAAUACUUGUCCUUAAGUUUAAUAUGUUCCUAAUAGAGAGGCUGUUAUUAAAAGACAUUGUAUGUCUAAUUUUUAGACUUAAUAACCUUAUAAAAGAAGAUUAGAUAAAUCUUAAAUAGAAUGGCAUACAAGAUUAAUGAAAGAUUUGGCUUAAUAAUAUGCUUCAGUAUUUUAGAAUGAAAAUUAAUAAUCAAUAAUAAAUCAAACUAGAAUUUUAUUAAAUGUAGAAUGUGGAUCAGAUUCAAAUUCUUCAAUUGAUAAUGAUGCAAGUUCUCCAGCAUUUAAAAUUCCAUAAACCGCUCCUAUAUUUUAAGCUUAACAUAUUAGAUCUUCUAGAGUAAAUAGAUUAGUUAGUGAUUAAAAUAAUAAAAAUGAAUAAUAAAAUAAUAAAAAUGAAUUAAGAUAAAAUCUUAAUAAUGCUUUAUAAUAUAGAAAAUAAUCUAUUUUAUCAGGUGCAUUAGGAUUAAGUAAAAGUCCUAAAAAUCGUAAAGAUUAAAAACCUAUACCAUUAGUAGAUGAAAUUAAAGAAUAUGAUAGUGGAUUUUAAAAUAAUUCAAGUGAUGAAAAUGAAAUGAAUACAUCUAUUGAUUUUAAAAAAAAGAGAGAUUAAAUAGUUGAAGCAAUAUAGGAUUUUAAUGAUAAUAUGUUAGAUAAUAUAACAAAUCUCUAUCAUUAAUUAUAAAGAAAUUUAGAAAUGAAUGAAAAUGAUAAUAUAAGUAAGAAAGCAUUAUCAUAAUUGGAACCACUCUAUUGGUCAUUUAAUUAAUAAAAAUUUGAUGAUUUUGAAAUUAAAGCAUCAUUUGAUUAAUAUUUCAAUAAAUAAAAUGCUGAAGAUGUGAUAGUCUAUGUAAAAUAAGAUGUUUUUGGAUGGUAAACUAGUAUACUUUAAAAAAUGAGGAAAUUCAUGUUGUAUCCCUUUUUGUAUGUUUAAAACUUCCUAAGAUCAAGAAGGAAUGCUAAAAUGAAAUCUAUAACUCCUAUGAAAGUUGUUGCAAAAGUAAAGAGUACUUUAGAUCAUUUAAAGAAAACUCUUAGAUUAAAAAAGAAAACUACUUUUAUUCGUUCAACUACAAAAUUAAACUCUGUUGUUCCUGCUUAUGUUAAUCCAUUUUAAUAAUAUAAAAAAUGA